AUGUCGCGCCGCGGGCUCCUGCCCCUUUGUCUGCUCUGCCUCCAGGCUGCGCUGCCGCUCCGCGGCCACCGCGGCCGCUACGCCGGUGAUAAAGUCAUACGAGUUGUUCCUGAGAGCGAGAGGGAAACGCAGAUCCUGAGGGCUGCAUUCAACAGGCUUAAGGUGGACUUGUGGCAGCCCAGCAGCCCCUUCCACAUCGUCGAGGGCACGGUCACUGACGUGCGAGUACCGCAGAACACGACCCGAAGCCUGCUGCCCUUCCUCCAGCAAGCCAACAUCCACUACACGAUUCUCAUAUCAGACCUACAGAAAGCAGUAGAAAACCAAACUGGACUGAGGUCAUAUAGGAAUCGAAGGUCCCUAUCUGAGUAUAACUACGAAGUGUAUCACUCCCUGGAAGAAAUCCAGGACUGGAUGCGUCAUCUGAAUAGAACUCAUUCAGAUCUUGUUCACAUGUUCUCUGUUGGAAAAUCCUACGAAGGGAGACCACUGUAUGUACUCAAGUUAGGUAAAAGGUCACGGCCCUACAAGAAAGCUGUUUGGAUAGACUGUGGGAUUCAUGCAAGAGAGUGGAUUGGCCCUGCCUUUUGCCAGUGGUUCGUGAAAGAAGCUCUUCAGACAUAUCAGACUGAUCCUGCCAUGAGAAAGAUGCUAACUCAACUGUAUUUCUAUAUCAUGCCUGUAUUUAAUGUGGAUGGAUAUCAUUUUAGCUGGACAAAUGAUCGAUUUUGGAGAAAAACAAGAUCAAAGAACACGAGGUUCCACUGUCAUGGUGUUGAUGCUAAUCGCAACUGGAAAGUGAAAUGGUGUGAUGAAGGUGCUUCAUUUCACCCAUGUGAUGACACAUACUGUGGUCCCUUUCCUGAGUCUGAGCCUGAAGUAAAGGCUGUUGCUCAUUUCCUCCGCAAACAUAGGAAACAAAUAAAAGCCUAUUUGUCCUUCCAUGCAUAUGCACAGAUGCUGCUGUACCCUUACUCUUACAAAUAUGAAACUAUUCCAAACUUCAACUGUGUGGAAUCAGCAGCCUAUAAUGCUGUUAACGCUCUUCAGUCAGCCUAUGGUAUAAGAUACAGAUACGGUCCUGCUUCGAGCACUUUGUAUGUGAGUUCUGGCAGCUCUAUGGACUGGGCCUACAAAAAUGGCAUCCCCUACGCAUUUGCAUUUGAGCUGCGUGACACUGGCCAUUUUGGAUUUUUACUUCCUGAGAUGCUGAUCAAACCAACCUGCACAGAAACCAUGCUUGCAGUUAAAAAUAUAACUCUUCACUUGCUGAAGAAAUGUCAUUGAGAGGGAGCUCGAAGUGAACAUUUAAUUCGCAGUGCUGAUGCCUUUCAGUACAUUCAGUUGCCAUUCUAAGCUUGGCCACUUCAAAAUCAUGAAGCUAGUGGGAAACACGGUAUUGUUUCUACCAGAUUUGCUUGGUGAGAAAUGGAAAAAAUCAUUUAAUAUCUGCUCUACAGAAGUCCAUAAAUUUCAUAUACUAACUUAGCUACCAAUGUGGUGUAAAUAGUUUCUUCUUUUCGCAAUAAAGCUUUAAUUUUGCAGCUUCAGUGGGGCAAGUCCUGCUUCACAUACAGAUGCCUGAAAUAGAGUUCCACUUCCAGGCAGGCCCUAUUCUUGCUCCUUUCUCUAAUAGGAAAACAUCUCAUUGUGGGAUCUCUUGAACCAAGGGCUAAAGUUUACAUUCAUGUAAAUGUACUCUGUGACCCAAGACAGGCCUGUGUCCACAGCAGUAAAUGCCACAUAGUGGUAGGUGCAAGUGGCAAUGUGGCUUUCUUCUGCAUGUAUACAUACAUCCAUACAUAUACGCACUCUUGUGAUUUUUUUUUUUCAUAUUAUGCAAUAGUUUGACCCGGGGUUUCUUUUACCUGUUCAGAGAAACCUUUUUUUAAAUGUAUAUAUUGGGGUGGACUCAGAAUCAAUAUACUGCCUUUGAAAAUGUAACUUUGCUAGCAAUGUGUAAGAAUUAUAAUGGAAUAUUAUUCAGAUAUACAAUACUCUGUUUCAUGGAGAGACAAAGCACCUUGCCAUGACUUGGAACUUGGAAGCUGGCAGUCAGCUGGUGCUUAUAGGCUUUGCUGUAGUCAGCGACUGCCCAUUUCCACCAACCAAGGAUUUAAGCUUAAACUGUAAUUAACUGAUGAUAACUGAUGUUUUAUUUAUCAGUAUUCUUGCAGUAAGUUCUGCAGCUCUAUGGCUAUGUGGCUUUUCCUCUUGGAAGUUGUGUUUUUGGGGGUUUUUUUGCAUGUUUUAAAGGAAUUAAUAAAUUCUUAAUAGAUUUUUAAGUGAGCCAGAGAUGAAGGCAAAAGCCUUACAGAUGAAAUACAGUGAAUAAGCACCGUGUUUGAAAGAACAAUAAUGAAAACACAGAGAAAAUAACAACACAUUGAGGGGAUUUUGGUACUUUUAAAAUACUAUUUUUUUAAUCUUAUUAUAUCUGGAA